GUGACAGUUCUUCGUGUGCUAACGUGGGUCGGCUACGCUGCGCCUUUUCCUUUACGAAAAUUAUUUAGGAUCGGCGGCCAAAAAUAGCGACACCAUGAAGAUCUCCUGCAGUAAAUCUAACCCACCUUUAGGUGGUUUGCUCGCUGUAGAGCUGUAUCGGGCUUCCGGGAAGAGCAUCGAGGUCUCAUGGGGGGCUGACUCCACCGUUACCCUGCCUAAUGGGUCUAAAACUGUGCCAUAUGGAACCAGUAAUGAUUUGAUAAGAAUACUGGAGAAUGCGUUCAACAAAGCCGCCGGGCCGCUUCAGAAGGUUACGAUGAACCACUGGCUGUCGUUCAGCCUCAUCUUGGAGGACGAGAUCCCGAAAUCCAUCGAGUACUUGGAUAAAACUUUGGGAGCACUGACAUAUCUGGUAGGAGAAGCCUUAUCAGUCAGUGAUUUGGCUGUGUUCAGCGUGCUUCACGUAUCCAGCAAGUUUAAGGAUAUCUCCAAAUCCAGUGCUCCGACCAACAUUCAGCGCUGGAUGAAGCUGAUUGAGUCCCAGCCUCCUGUGAUAAAGGCCCUGAAGGACCUGCCGGCCGAUGCCUUGGAAAACCUGUCUAAGGCUUCUUCAAGGAGGUCACCACCUGUGGAUGCCUCAGGGCCCAAGCAAGAGGGUAAAUUUGUGGACCUGCCUCAUGCUGAGAUGGGGAAGGUUGUUGUUCGAUUCCCUCCUGAAGCAUCAGGAUACUUGCACAUUGGACACGCGAAGGCUGCGCUGCUGAACCAGUACUACCAACAAGCGUUCGAGGGUAAACUGGUCAUGAGGUUCGAUGACACCAACCCCGCUAAGGAAAACGUCGAGUUUGAGAAGGUUAUCCUCGAAGACGUAGAAAUGCUGGAAAUCAAGCCGGACCUCUUCACCCACACGUCCCAAUAUUUCGACCUGAUGCUGCAAUACUGCGAGAAGCUCAUCAAGGAGGGCAAGGCUUUCGUGGACGAUACUCCCGCUGAGCAGAUGAAAAACGAGAGAGAACAGAAGGUUGACAGCAAGAAUAGGAAUAAUUCGGUCGACAAGAACAUGCAACUCUGGGAGGAAAUGAAGAAAGGAUCAUCCACCGGCGUGCAAUGCUGCGUGCGAGCCAAGAUCGACAUGCAAUCAGCCAACGGCUGCAUGCGGGACCCCACCAUCUAUCGGUGCAAGCCUGAACCACACCCUCGGACCGGCACACAGUACAAGGUGUACCCGACAUACGACUUCGCUUGCCCCAUCGUGGACGCAGUUGAGGGCGUCACUCACGUCCUACGCACAAUGGAGUACCACGACCGAGACCCGCAGUUCUACUGGUUUAUCGACGCUCUAGGUCUACGCAAGCCUUACAUCUGGGAGUACAGCCGAUUGAGUAUGACGAACACGGUGUUGUCAAAGAGAAAAUUGACCUGGUUCGUGGAACAAGGACUCGUCGAUGGAUGGGAUGACCCCCGCAUGCCAACAGUACGGGGCGUACUCCGCCGCGGUAUGACCGUGGAGGGACUUCGGCAGUUCAUUAAGGCCCAGGGCUCCAGUAGAUCUGUCGUGUUCAUGGAGUGGGACAAAAUCUGGGCCAUCAACAAGAAGGUCAUUGACCCGAUCGCCCCGCGCUACACCGCACUGGAAGCCAACCCAGUGCCAGUAAACCUAAAGGGUGUAAGCGACUCCACGCUAACCGUCCCCCUGCACCCUAAGAACGCGGACGUAGGGUCCAAAGUCGUGUGGGUCUCGAAGCGGCUGCUUAUUGACCAGGUUGACGCAAAGACGCUAAAGGAGGGAGAGAAUGCUACAUUCAUCAAUUACGGGAAUGUUAUGAUUAAUAAGAUUCACAAAUCUGCCGACGGCACAGUGACUAGCAUUGACGCAACACCCAACCUCGAUAACAAAGAUUACAAGAAGACCCUCAAACUGACCUGGUUAGCCGACACCCCACAAUCACCAGCCCUUGAAGUGUACUGCGUAUACUUCGACCAUAUCAUUUCCAAAGCAGUGCUUGGAAAGGAUGAGGAUUUCAAGCAGUACAUUGGACAUCAAACCAGAUGGGAGAUUCCCAUGAUCGGCGAGCCAGAGCUCUCCAAACUGAAAGUCGGCGACAUCAUCCAACUACAACGACGAGGCUUCUUCCGUGUCGACGCGGCGCCAUCGCCGCCCUCCGUACACACCCAGCGCGCGGCGCCACUUGUGUUGCUGCAUGUACCUGAUGGCCACACCAAGGAGAUGCCUGGACAGCCUAAACCAGUGCAAUCUACCCAAGCCAAGCAGCCCGCCGCAAACGACUCUGCCAAGUUAAGCGACGAGGUCGCCAAGCAGGGUGACCUUGUGCGAUCGCUGAAGGCCGCCAAGGCUGAUAAGGCCAAGGUCGACGCGGCUGUGAAGACGCUGCUUGACCUUAAGGCCAAGUGCAAGGCAGCUACUGGCCAGGACUGGAAACCGGGCGCUGCCCCAGCCGCGGCCCCUGCUGCAUCAGGCGACUCUUCCAAGUUGGGCGAUGAGGUCGCCAAGCAGGGUGACCUUGUGCGCUCGCUGAAGGCUGCCAAGGCUGACAAGGCCAAGGUUGAUGAGGCGGUCAAGACUCUGCUUGACCUUAAGGCCAAGUAUAAGGCUGCUACUGGACAGGAAUGGAAGCCAGGCGCGUCACCCGCCCCUGCUGCCGCCCCGGCAGCGUCAGGAGACGCAGCCAAGUUGAGCGACGACGUUGCCAAGCAGGGUGACCUUGUGCGCUCUCUCAAGGCCGCUAAGGCUGAGAAAGCCAAGGUUGACGAAGCGGUCAAGACGCUGCUUGACCUUAAGGCCAAGUACAAGGCUGCUACUGGCCAGGAAUGGAAGCCAGGUGCAGCCCCCGCCCCUGCAGCCGCGGCCCCACCAUCAAAUGACGCUGCCAAGUUGAACGAUGACGUCACCAAACAAGGAGACCUUGUGCGCUCGCUGAAGGCUGCCAAGGCUGAGAAGGCCAAGGUUGACGAAGCGGUCAAGACUCUGCUUGACCUUAAGGCCAAGUACAAGGCAGCUACUGGUCAGGACUGGAAGCCCGGAGCAGCCCCUGCCCCAGUGAAGACCGAAGCCCCAGCAUCAGCAGUGUCUGAAGUAGCUACCGUGCUGCAACAGAUAGCGACGCAAGGAGACAAGAUACGCAAGCUCAAGGCUGAUAAGGCUGAGAAGACCGUUAUUGACAUUGAGGUGAAAAAUCUGCUGAACCUGAAAGAGCAGUACAAGUCCAUAACCGGCACCGCCUGGACUCCUAACGCCGCGCCGCCCGCCGCCGCCCCACCGAAAACUGAGGCAAACGCCAUAAUGAACGGGGACGAAAAAGCCGCCGCACUCGGGGCCGAAGUCGCGAAACAGGGCGAGGUCGUACGAGACCUCAAAGCUAAGAAGGCUGACAAGGCCACGAUAGACGCAGAAGUAAAGAAGCUUCUAGAUCUAAAAGUCAAGUACCAGGCCGAGACGGGAACAGCGUACGUCGCGCCGGCGGCCCCUCGCGACUCCAAGCCUAAAGAAAAGAAGGAAACUAAACCUAAAGAGAAGAAGGAGAAGCCCAAAGAACAGUCACCGAAGCCUACCAAAGAGGAAUCUGCGAGUGGGGUGAAAAAAGUGACUCGCCUGGGACUCGAAGCCAGCAAGGACACCGAUUUGUCAGAGUGGUACUCACAGGUCAUUACCAAAUCGGAAAUGAUCGAGUACUACGACAUAUCAGGCUGCUACAUCUUCCGACCCUGGUCGUACAGCAUAUGGGAGGUCAUUAGAGAGUUCCUCUCGACCAACUUCAAGAAGCUCGGAGUCAAGGAUUGUUACUUCCCGAUCUUCGUUUCUAAGGCGGCUCUUGAGCGCGAAAAGACCCACAUAGCUGAUUUCGCCCCAGAAGUCGCAUGGGUGACCCACUCGGGCUCCUCCGAACUGGCCGAGCAUAUCGCCGUGCGUCCCACAUCCGAAACCGUCAUGUACCCAGCUUACGCCAAGUGGCUUCAAACCUACAGAGACCUGCCUAUCAAACUCAACCAGUGGAAUAACGUUGUGCGCUGGGAGUUCAAGCAACCACAGCCGUUCCUGCGUACCCGCGAGUUCCUGUGGCAAGAGGGUCACACCGCCUACCGCACUGCCGAGGAGGCUGGCGAGGAAGUGCUAAAAAUUCUCGAUCUGUACGCGCGCGUGUACGAAGAGUAUCUCGCCAUCCCUGUCAUCAAAGGGCGCAAGACAGAGAAGGAAAAGUUCGCCGGAGGAGACUACACUACCACCGUAGAAGCUUACGUGCCGGCUAGCGGUCGUGGUAUUCAGGGUGCGACAAGUCACCACCUGGGUCAGAACUUCUCCAAAAUGUUCGAGAUCGUAUACGACGAUCCAGACACACAGGAGAAGAAAUACGUCUUCCAGAAUUCUUGGGGUCUCACCACCAGGACUAUUGGUGUUAUGAUCCUGGUUCACGGCGACGACCGCGGUCUGGUGCUGCCUCCUCGUGUAGCCGACAUCCAAGUCAUCGUGGUGCCUUGUGGCAUCACAGCCAGUACCAGCAACGAAGACCGACAGAAACUUAUGGACGAGUGCAGCAAACUUGUCGGAGAACUGGUGGCUGCUGGCAUCAAGUCUGAGGGAGACUUCAGGGAUAACUAUUCUCCCGGAUGGAAGUUUAACCAUUGGGAGCUCAAGGGUGUCCCAAUCCGUGUGGAGCUAGGGCCGAAAGACCUGGCCAAGGGUGAGCUGGUGGCGGUCCGAAGACUCACUGGAGAGAAGCUGACUUUGAAACGAACCACCGCUCCUAAGGAUCUGACGGAUCUGCUUGAGAAGACGCACCAUGAGAUGUUGACCAAGGCAACGAAAGAGCGCGAUGAGCGACUCUCAUCGGUGACCAAGUGGGAAGACUUCACGGCGGCGCUCGAAAAAAAACACAUCCUUCUCGCGCCGUUCUGCGGAGAAAUAUCCUGCGAGGACAACAUCAAGAACGACAGCGCCAGAACGGAUGACGAUGCGACAACAGACGUGAAAGCCCCGGCCAUGGGCGCCAAGUCUCUCUGCAUCCCGUUCGAGCAGCCGCGCGCACUCACCCCGGCCGACCGCUGCAUACACCCCGCGUGCAGCAACAAGCCCAAGAUGAUCACGCUCUUCGGACAGAGCUACUAACUUACAUGGCAUUUAUAUGCUUAAGUACAACUUUUAUAUUCAGUUAAUAAAUUAUUGACAAUAA